AUGUCAGGAAUAGCUUCUGCUGCCUCCCUUAGGGAGGCAGGCGACGUUUAUGCUCAUCCCGUGGUUUUUCCAACAGAUGGCGUGAGCGUCAAAAUGAUUGAAGACCUGAAGGCCAUGAUCGACAACAUCUCCCAGGAGGUUGCGUUACUGAAAGAAAAGCAAGCACUUCAGACAGUUUGUCUGAAAGGCACCAAAAUCCACCUAAAAUGCUUUCUUGCGUUUUCUGAGACGAAGACAUACCAUGAGGCCAGCGAAAACUGCAUCUCUCAGGGAGGCACCCUCAGCACUCCCCAAAACGGAGAGGAAAACGAUGCACUCUACGACUACAUGCGGAAAAGCAUCGGCUCAGAGUCAGAGAUCUGGCUCGGCCUCAACGACCUGGCAGCUGAGGGCAAGUGGGUCGACAUGACGGGCACCGGCAUCCGCUACAAGAACUGGGAGACUGAGAUCACCACCCAGCCGGACGGUGGCAAGUCGGAAAACUGCGCGGCCUUGUCGGGGGCCGCGGUUGGCAAGUGGUUUGACAAGAGGUGCAAAGACCAGCUGCCCUACGUUUGCCAGUUCAUGAUCGUGUAAUACCAGGGCUCCUCCUGCCGACCACGUUAUCCCAUUUGGCAACAGGUUUAUAAAGCUAUAGGUAUGUGUAUGUGUACAUAUACACACACGCACGCACACACACACACACACACGCACACACACACACACGCACACACACACACACACACACACAUUCAAAUAGAGUCACUCUGCAAAGAAAGUUGUCGUGGCUUGGUAACGGAUUAGGGAGAGUUAGACCUGAGCUGCAUUGCAUGUGGCUACAUCCAGCUCUGUUAGCAGCUGCACUGUUCUUACUAAAGCAUGAUUUAUAGAUAUAUUUUUUUACAUGGGAAACUUAUUAGGAUGGCGUGAUCAUUUCAGCAAAGAACCGGUGCAACGUUCCAGCCUUGCAAACCAGCCGCUUUGGUUGUCUGGGGCGGCCGCUCUGCAGUUUCUUUUCCGUUCUUGCUGAAUUUGUUGCAAGACCAGCAAAGCUAGUUUGUGCUUUUUUCUUCUGUUCUUCUUCCUCAUAAACCCUGACAGCAGUCCAUGGGAGCCGGGCAUAAGGAGCGCAGAACUGAGCUUUAGUCACUCGCAGUGCCCAGAUCCACUCUCCUGAUCUUCCUGAUCCUCCUGAUCAAGGUCCUGUCUCAAAGAGCAGGGAUAGUUACUUCUGCUUUACGUUGAGAGAUAUAAUUGGGCUUACUGGCUGAGUACCCUACAACUCAAUAGGUGGUCAGACUAGUCCAGCUACAUGUAUGAAUGGAUUAGCAAAUGAGAGUCACGGGUCAAUUUGCUGAGAAGAAGGGUGACCUUUUCAGAAGCACUUCCUAUUGUGUUGCUUCAUUUCUCAUCAGUCAGCGGCAAAUGUUCCACUGAUUUCAGUGAGAGCUACCCCCAGUGCCAGAUCUCUUACAAAUCCCACCAGAAGCUUUAUUUGUGCUCCAGCAUCAGGGAGGAAGCUGCGAUUCUUCUACAGCUUACUCAGUCAAAUAUAUUCUUGGAAAUAGAAGAUGAAAGUAUUAGGUAAAUGACAGAAAUUUAAGGCAAUUAUGAAAUAGGCUGUCAUACAAAAGACAGCUGUCUAUUGAAAACAAAUCCCAAGAAAAGUGAUUUUAGCCGUCUUAGGAAUCACAGGAUCUGUUUUAGUGAUAGAAACUCAGCUGAAAUGUGCCAGUCCUUGUUGGUCAAGGCUCAGUCCUCAGCUAAAAUAAUUCUGCUGAGCUGUGUUUGGGCUGAUAAAGUCAUGCCCCACCGAAGAUCUGGCUGCAGUAUAUAUUUGCUGAGAAAAGGGUUACUGCAAAAAAAUUUAAAUGAGCAGCAAUGAUGGGAAAAAAACGAGUUGCAGGCCACUCUGACAGCUCAGUGAGGCUGUGCUAACGUUGAUUUGCUUACUGUCGGCCGAAACGUAUCAGCGGUUCUUUGAAUUUCAGUGCUUGAGAAUAACUCAUCCAGUGUAAGUUAUAUGCCCCUUGUGCUAUCAAGUAGAGGGUGUCAGGAUGUAACACGCGCUCUUGGGGAGCCCACAGAAGAAGUAUUUCAAUGUGCCGCUUGGUUUAAAAACAGCACAAUUAUGUGUCUUCCAAAAUGCUGAGCGGGAGAGCCAAGUUGGAGGAAUCGAAAUACACACACACACACACACACACACACAGAGUGCAUACUUCUGAGGCUGUCAUUAUUGCCAAACUCUCCGCUGUUCAAAUGACUAUAAAAUAAAAAUAUAUAUAGCUUGCUGAAAGAAUAAAGUUGAGUCAAUUUGA